AUGGGUGAGGAAUGUCAUUCGUUACCGCUCGAUGUUAGUGAUCGCUGGAUGCGGCGGUGUGGCGUGCGGGAAAUAAUCAAUCAUCUCAUCAUGGACCUCGUCACUGCGCACCCGGAGGAUGUCAUGGGGUUUAUUCAUGAGUGGAGUGCGCCCCGGCGGACGGGUGGGCCCACGCACACCGGCACCUCUUGCCCUGAGGGUGCGCAGCGAGAAGAAGCGGUAUCGAGUGAGCGGAAGCAGAGCCAUUUUUCUGAAGAGCCGGCAAGUUUUGAAGAAGACAAGGGUUGCGUCGAGGAUGAAAAUAAGGACGCCGGUGCGAGGUUGGUCCGUGCAACAGAACCGACGGUGCAGGAGCUAAGUUCGAUUUACCCCGAUCCAAGAGGGUCUCCUUUUACCCCUCUGCUGAGUGAGGAGGAGUUAGAAACCUACUUUCGCCGCAGCUGUCCUGUUUCUUUGGGCAAAAACAGCUUGGGCAUAUGUCUUGGUCGUGGCAACUAUGGUUUUGUGAUUCCCGCCAUAGUUAAAUCCGAGGCGAAGGAGGGGGCGGAACAAAAAAAUGAAAACGAAUAUCAGAGCGAUACAAACGCUCUCUCCGGUGUAGGAAAUGGUCGCCUGGUCGCUAUAAAGGUUAGUCGUAUACAGGCGGUUUGGUCACUGGACGAGGCUGAAUCCCUGCGCCGCGUGACGGUAUGUCGACAGUCCUUGGAAGACGAGGUGCAAAUGCUGCAAAAGGAACUAAAUGCGCUUCGUGACGCCGAGGCAAAUGAUGCCCUGCAGUCCCAACAGGAAGAGCAGCAGGCGGCACACCCAGGAUGCAAUGUUUCAAUGAGCCUUCUUGAGUCCCGCCUGCAUGCUCAGAGUUUCUUGUUGCAAGGGGCUCGACUUGUGACCAGUCUUGUUGGGGAUAUCAUGUACGAUGUUAAGAGGGAUGCUUUUUGGUUUCCGCUUGAAUUCUAUCCCUCUUCACUGAGGGAAUGUAUCCAGGCUCGUAGCAAACUCUGCACCGGCUCCCCCCCGUCCGACUCUUCGUUCCCCGACAUUUCCUUAAACGACUUGGGUGAGACGGUCAUGGCGUUGCUUUUUUCCGUGCAGGAAAUUCAGCAUGUGGCACGCAGCCUCUGCCGUGCGUUACAGUUUCUUAAUGCCUCCUGUUCUCUUUGUCAUCUGGACGUAAAGGUCGAUAACAUCCUCCUUUCCACCCCGUGGGUCCCCGGUGGGCCGGAGUUGGGCAAGGCCAAUUCACCGCCUGCGGGGGAGUUAUCUGGCGCCCAAAGCAAUACCGCAGUGCCAACGCUGCCCCAAGUUGUGUUAGGCGACCUUGGACUUGCACAGCCCCUUGAUGCCCCCAUCAUGCAGCUUGGGGACUUUAGCACCAUGGCACCGGAGGUCUAUUGGGCCUCCGAUUGUGGCAAUGCAAACUACGCGGCAUACCGCACAUCGGUAUUUUGCGCAUCCAGCGACAUGUGGAGUGUCGGGUGUGUUUUGCUGCAAAUGAUCAAUGGACUUGAGUAUAGCUCAUGGGGGGCGUCGGACAUGUUUGCUGCGUUGGAGGAAAACUACGUGUCGCCUGCUCUUCGGCACCCAGAAGUGUGGCCGAUGGAAUUGAAUGACUUCAUCACUCGGUGCUUUGAACGUGACCCGCGACGCCGUAUGCAUGCUGGCGAUGCACUUCGUCACCCAUUUUUGCUGUUUCAUUAG